AUGUCUUUGAACGAAGUCUGGGAAGCAGCCUCUGCGGCUCCUUUUCAUCCCGUUGUCUCCAAGGAUGGCCAAUUCGCCGUCGGCUUCAACUUGCUCCUGGUCGCGGUGGUAUUGACAGGUCUUUUCGGUCUGAAUCGCUCGUUCGGCAACCUCUUAACCUUGGGCGUUCCAGCCUCUCUAGCAUUUGGAUUCGGAGCUGUUUUUAUGAUCUGUGCCGUUGGGGUCUAUGUUUAA